AUGACCGCCAUCGGUAAUGACAGGACGCCCAACCUCUCCCGCAGCAACAGCCGCCGCGGCAGCGGCUCCUUCUCCACCCCGAGUGGAACACAGGUCGUCUACCACACGCGUACGCAGGAUGAGCUUCACGAAUACCCUCACCCCGAGAAGAAGACGAUGGCCGAUCACCUGCGCAAGUACGAGGCCCUUCUGACCGUCUCUGCGCCGCGCAUGCGCAUGAUUGUCAGCGCAUUCGAGGAGACGCUAGACAAAGGCCUUGAAAAGUAUGGAGAGGUUGUGGUGAUUCCCACCUACGUGUUCGGAUGGCCGACCGGGAAGGAGAAGGGCGAGUACCUCGCCGUCGAUCUCGGUGGCACCAACCUCCGUGUGUGCCUCGUCACCCUACAGGGCGAGGGCAAGUUCGAGGUUACGCAGACCAAGUACCGCCUCACCGAAGAGCAGAAGCAGGAGGACGGCGAGAAGCUCUUCGACUUUUGUGCCGAGUGCCUUCACUCGUUCAUCUGCGACAACCUCGGCCGUGACGAGAAUGCGGAUCACCUUCCGCUUGGCUUCACCUUCUCGUACCCAUGCGAGCAGAAGCGCAUCGACCACGGCGAGCUUAUUCGCUGGACAAAGGGCUUCGGCAACCCUGGCGUCGAGGGGCACGACGUUGGCGAGCUGUUCGCCAAGUCGUUGGAGAAGUACAAUGUGCGCGCCAAGCUCACUGCGCUUAUCAACGACACGACCGGUACCCUCAUUGCGUCCAACUAUGUCGACCCUAACACGCGUAUUGCGUGUAUCUUUGGUACAGGCUGCAACGCCGCUUACAUGGAGACGGCCGGCAGCAUUCCCAAGAUUGGCGAAAUGGGGCUGGCCGAUGACCAGCUCAUGGCGAUCAACUGCGAGUGGGGAGCAUUCGACUCGUUCGACCACCAGCACCUCCCGCGCACCAAGUACGACAUUAUCAUCGACGAGAGCUCGAACAAGGUCGGCGAGCAGGCGUUCGAGAAGAUGAUUGCGGGCCUGUACCUGGGGGAGAUCUUCCGCCUGAUUCUCUGCGAGCUCAUCGACCAGGGCGACCUCUUCCUCGGUCAGAACACGUACAAGCUCGAGAAGGCGUAUGCGUUUGACACUGCCUUCCUCUCGCUCAUGGAGAGCGACCCGACCGACGAGCUGCUGAUGAGCAUUGGCAUCUUCAACCACUUCUUUGGCGUCGAGACGACGAUUGAGGAGCGUCAGUUCUUCCGCGAGCUCGCAAAGCUCAUCGGUACGCGCUCAGCGCGGCUCUCGGCGUGUGGCAUCGCUGCCAUCGUCUCGAAGAAGGGAUACCUCGAGAAGGGGUGCAGUGUCGGUGCCGACGGCUCGCUCUACUCCAAGUACCCUGGGUUCGCGAAGCGUCUCGAGCAGGCGCUUGUCGAUAUCUUCGGCGAGGCGGGCAAGAAGAUUACGACGCACGCGGCUGAGGACGGCUCGGGCGUCGGCUCGGCCAUCAUCGCCGCCAUGACCGUUAAGCGCAAGGCUGACGGGAUCUACGCCGACUACUAG